UGCAAGGAAGAACAAGGUAACGGGAGUGCCACAACGGUGCCGAACCGAGGCAACAACCCCAGGUCGUCUCCUGUUGGCAUCCUCCCCCUUUCGAAUGCGCCGGCCACCGUAGGCAACCUUUCUGCGUUGUGCAUCGACGCGAGCCGAUCGUCUUCGGAGGCCUACCUUACAGACUAUGUAUGGGAGCUGAGCGAUGGCGCCAGUAGCAUAGGUUCAUUCAAGAAAGAACUCUUUGGUUUCCUGACGAUUCUAUGGCUGGCACUUUUCCUGCUCUGUUCCCGACCACAAACAUAUGUGCGCGAGGUGCACAAGCUGGUCAGCCUUUUUGCAGUAAUGGCAUUCCUGCCUUUUUUAUUUGAGUGCAGCUUUAACCACCUGUCUCUGCAAGCCCUGAGCUAUUCCUUCCUGCCGGAUAUUAAGAAGCUCGCAGAGAAGCAAGUAUGGAUGGAUGCUGCGGAACACACCUUGCUAUCGCUCGGCACUUGCUGCGGCAUUGUUAUCUUGGUGGGAUCGCGUUGCAAGUACGGGACGUCGAUGGAAAGAUUUAUAAUUUCGACCGUCGUUGUGGACAUCUUUGUGUGCCAGAUAAUAUCCGUGCUGACCUACAGCUGGAUUUACAAGUCAAAACUCAACCACAAGCAAAUCAGUUCGGCGGUUCCGCUAUUUUUUCAUCAGCUGGUCACAUUACCGGAGUUGGUCCUAACGUGCACGUACCCGAUGUAUUGCAGCAUUUCGGUCUUCACGGCGCUCUUCGCGGCUGGAAUAAGCGCUCACGUGUUCCUGGUACAUACGUGCGCGGUCGAGGUGUGCCGUAUCUUCAAUUUUGUGGACGAUAAUGCUACCAGGAAGGCUCUUCUUGGAGUCUGUGGCGUGGCCUAUUGCGUCAGCGCCCUCUUCUGCACUCAGAACGUGCGAGACCUAACCCCGCAGAGUUUGUGGAAAGCAAUAGCGCCCGAUCCCGGUUGGGGCCCACUGGAUGCCGAGCUGGGCUUUGACUACAACGACCGGCUGCGGACCCUGCUCGCCACGAUGGCGGGGAAGGACCAGGACGUGCCUGCCAGCCUCGCUCCGCAGCGCGUUGUUGCCAGGACCAGGAGAACAACCGGGACUUCGGGACACGUCCUACCUUCGGCAACUGGUGUCAGCAACGUGGCUGACAGUUGGGUGUCUCAUUGAAGGCCGGUUCGUGUAUCUUAGUUUGAGUGCGACUGAGGGCGUUGCUCUCGCUUGAGACUCCGGGUGACGCGAGCCUGUUAAAAUUUGAGUUCUCGCACUUAUAACGCGAGGUUUUGAUUUAAGUCUGAAUGAAAUUCAACUUCUUUGCGCAUGCGUAAAAAUUAAA